AUGAAAGCAAACGCCAUUUACAAUCAAAGAGCACCGGAAGCCCCAGCAGAAUUAUUUCGUAAGGAUCUCAUUAGCGCGAUGAAAUUACCCGAUUCUGAACCUUUAAACGCAGACGAAUAUUGGGUCAUAAUAGAUCAAUGGAAACAGGAUUGGGAAAGAGGGGUGCAAGUACCUGUAAACCCAGAUUCAUUACCUCAACCCAGCGUUACUGUAACACAUCAUUCAUUUCCCCACACCCAAGAAUUUAGAUUACCAAAGUCAAAAUACAUAAGAAUAACAAAAGAUGAAAGGUUUCGCAGCGAUGAGUUCCAUCUGUCCAGUGUUGCCGCUCGUGCCGAGGCAUCUUGUCAUUACGAUCUUGACGAUUUAGAUAUAGCUUGGUUAAAUACUUUGAACGGAGAACGUGCACUUAUGGGUUUGCCUCCCCUCACGGAAGAACAAUUAGAAAGAGUUUUAGAAGAAUUAGAAAGGAGAUGCUGGGACAAAAUUCAAGGAUUGGUAAAAGCAGAAGAAGGUCUGGGAAUAGAAUACGAUGAAAAUGUGAUAUGCGACGUUUGUAGAUCUCCGGAUUCUGAAGAAGGAAACGAAAUGGUAUUUUGCGAUGCUUGUAAUAUUUGUGUUCAUCAAGCUUGUUACGGAAUAACUUCUAUUCCUCCUGGUUCUUGGUUAUGUCGAACUUGUGCUUUAUCAAAACGUCCCGAAUGUGUUCUUUGUCCUAAUAAAGGGGGCGCUAUGAAAUGUACAAAGUCCGGACACGAAUGGGCACAUGUUUCUUGCGCCCUUUGGAUACCCGAAGUUUCUAUAGGGUGCGUGGAAAAAAUGGAACCCAUAACUAAGAUCUCUAAUAUACCGCAAUCUCGGUGGGCUUUAAUUUGCGUUUUGUGUAGAGAAAGAGUAGGAGCUUGUAUUCAGUGUUCGGUGAAAACUUGUAAGACUGCUUAUCAUGUAACAUGCGCUUUUAAGCACGGUUUAGAAAUGAGAGCUAUUAUAGAAGAUGAAAAUGCAGACGACGGAGUCAAAUUAAGAUCGUAUUGUCAAAAACACAGCGUGAAAAAAGAAAAUAGAAGUGCUGGAUCUGAUGAUGAAGAAUCUAGGCGAAAGAAAAGAAAAGAUAUGACAUCCGAAGAAAAAAAUCAAGCUCGAGCUGCCAAGUUACACGAGAUCGAAGCUGAAUUUUACAAACACGUUUCGGUAGCGGAUGUUAGCGGAUCGGCUGCUCUUUUAGAAGUUGAUUCGUCCGCCAUUGAGUUCGUCUAUAAUUACUGGAAGUUAAAAAGAAAAGCUGGUAAUAAUAGACCGUUACUUCUUCCAAGAAGUGACGAUGGAGAUCUCUUAGGUAAAGGUCAAGAACAACAAGACCUCGAUAAAAUGAGAAUGUUUGUUCAACUGAGGCAAGACCUGGAAAGGGUUCGAAAUCUUUGUUACAUGGUCAGCAGGAGAGAGAAAUUAUCUCGUUCGUUUUUUCGUACGAGAGAGCAAAUUUUUCACAAGCAAGCAUCUCUCAUUGCUGAUCACACACUUUCUCAAAUUGAAGUCUCAGCAGUUAUGGAAGCUAAUCAUGGGCCUUUUAUAUACGAUCGACUGUACUCUCAUCCUUCUGCUCAAGACAACACCGACAACUUUGACAAAAUUUUAGCUCGUAUCGAAGGAGUAACGUCGCCUACGUUGAAGAAUCGGCAAGAUAUGAACGGGUUGAUUAAAGUUGGUGACAAGUCGGGUAAUCCGUACAAAAAAAUGUAUUUCAAUGGCGCUACGCGACGAAGAGGUUUAUUCGGAAGCUCUUCAGAGAGUGAAACGGAUUUAGAUAAAAAGGACUAUUCUAAAUUAGAUAAGUUAGGAUUACAUUCUGCUGAUUCCAGUACGGAUGAUGAAAAGAAAUCUGGUGUUCGAAUACGAAAUAGGAAAUCAUUUGAAAGGCGAAAAAGAAGUCAAGAUCUUAAAUUAAUUGAUACUUCGAGUUCCGAUGAACGGUGGAAGUCUAAAAGUCGGUCUUUGCGACAAAUGGAACGCGAUAUGGAAGAUAAAUCAUUUAGUGAAGACAGUGAUGAUCUGUUGCCUUUGCCAAAAUCAAGUAAUGUUAAAAAAAUGAACGAAAUUUACUCUGAUAGUGAUUCAGAAGCCUCUCUAAGAGACGACAAGAGUUGUUCUUCGCAGCAUAUAUUAAAAACAAAGGGAGAAUUGAAGGCAUUUACCGGAAUUCCUAAACUCGACAAAGAUAACAAAAGCAAAGUUAAAUCCUCUCCCAAGUCUGAAAAAUCAAAGUUUAUAUCUGAAACUAAACAUCAUAAAAAGAGCAAGAGGAGCUUGUCUAAUGACGAUGAUGAAAAUCGUGACGACAAAGAAAAUAUUAAAUCGUCCAGAAAAGGUUUUGACCCUAGUGAUUUAAUAGUGCCUCAAAGACAAGCCGCUAAAAAAGCUAGUGAAAAUUUGAGAUGUUUUCAAGGGAAGAAAGAUGAAGGAGGUAUUUUAACGGAUGAUUUUAACAGGGUUGAAAAAUCUAAAGAAAGUGUUCGGCACGAUCGAAUGAAAAAUAAAUUUAAAAGUAAAACAAAACUUUCGAGAGAGGAAAGAGGGAAAAGCAGUGACGUGUUUGAUUUUGAACAUUCAGAAAAAGAAGAUGGAUCGGAUUUCAUAGCUUAUGUUCCUCAGCGUCAGGCAGCUAAAAAAGCAGCGGAAACGAUAAAAUGCGGGUUAAAAAUGACGGAAGAAGUUAAAUUGAAUGAAAAGAAAAAGGAGGAAGUCAAAAGGAGCAGUGAAAAAUUAAGGCGGACUGCACUUAGUGGAAGUAAAUCACCAAGAAGCACAAAAUUAUCCACAUCUACCACAUCUUCUUCCAGCAGCUCAAGUACUUCUAGUAGUUCUUCAUCAUCCGAAAGCGAGGAUGAAUCGAAAAAGAGUAUUUUCGAUCCAGAACCCAAGAAAAAGACUGAAAAUUGGCCCUUUCUUGACAAGGAAAGCCAGUCGAAGUCUGACGAUGGCAAAAAAUUCAAAAAGACGCCCGAGAAGAAGCUUAAAACUUCCGACGGGCGGCUUGAAAUUGAAUUUCAGCCGCCAACUCUUGAAAGAGAGGAAUCAUCACGAAAAUGUAGUUUGGGUGAUUGGAUCGGAGACUCUUCGACCAGAUCAGGAGAUUUCCAUCCGGACUCGGUCAAUUCCUCAUCCGACGCAGAAAGAAGAAAGAGAAAAUCAAUCAGAGAAGAUGAAGAAGAGCGGCUCGAAGUUAAAACUAAAUCUAUUACAUCUCCGGUCAAGAAAAGUUCAAAAGAAAUAGAUAUUGAAUCGGAAAUAUAUCAACGUCGAUCAAUCUCACGAAAACCAAAUAAAUUAGACAAGCUGUUUGAUUCUAUUAAGGAUAAAUCCGCUGAUGAUUUGUUUAAAAGAAAGGAAGAGCAACCGACGAAACGUGGUCCUGGUCGACCUAGAAAAGAUUCAUCGGCAACGGCAACGGUUCCAGCGACGGCAACGAAAAAGCUCGAUGUUAAAAAUGAUAAAAUUAAAGAUGUUCAUGAUAAAUAUAAUCAAUUUUCGGAAGAAAAAUCAUCUAAAACAAAGCCGAUGCCUAAAUCCGUUAAAAAAGCUUUAGGAUUGUUAGAUGACAAUAGCAGUCCCGAAGAAGACAAAAAAGAAAAUGAAAUGUUUACACCUGCGAAGACAACUGAGAUUCAAGAAAAAACUGGUGAGACGGUUACAGGUUCCGAUGUGUCUGAUAAAACUUAUGACAAAGAUAAAUUUCGGCGGAGUUCGCGAUUGUUAGACAUUAAGCCUGAAUUAGCCCUACCCGCAUUAGGGUUAGAUGAAAAGCAAUCGUCUCCAGUUGAUGAUGUUGCCCGAUCGAACUUUUCACUGGACUUGGGGCUUCCGGAAAAUUCGACGGGCGAACCUAAAAAAAUAUCAUCUCGAACGUCUUCACUCGGAGUGCCAAUUUAUCCGCAAAGGUCAAUAUUUUCACCGCAAACUUCAAACCGCGAUCAUUUAUCAGAUAUUUUUGAUUUUGAAAAUGAUAUGUUAGCCGUGGACGAAACUGUACACGAAGAUCCCCGACCCCUCCAAUUUAAUUUUAGCAAUGAGUUUUUGUUCAAAGAAGAUUCUAAAGAGGAUUCUAAAAGGGAAACUUACAAUCUGGUUGAAAAACUUAGAAUGGAGUAUGCUAAAAAGAGUACGAAUAACCAAGAAGACACUAGUCCCGUUACCGUUACAGAAGAACCUGCUGCAACAGUUAUUAAAGAUGAAAAACCGGAUGAAACAAUUAAAGUUCCUGAUCAAGUGCAAUCUAACGAUGUUCCGAGGGAAACUGUCAGUAACAAUCAAUCUGUAGGAUUUCAAAAAAGGCAUAACUCAACUUCCGACUAUCAAGCGAACGAUGUAGUUUCCCAAGUGACAGAACCUGAUAAGUUUCUUCCCAAACGUCAGGCCAAUGUUAUUCCAUCGAAUAACCUUGAAAAUCCAACGGUCUAUCCGGCUCAUAUUAUAUCUCAAGAGCAGCAACAACAACAAAUGCUCACUCCUCGUUAUGCAGAAGACCCUGUUCCUCCGGUACAAGAUUCUGAAAAAACAGGAUAUCCGCCUCCUAGGCAAAAUUAUGAAGCUCCAGAUCCGUACGAUACUUUCUACGCUUCGUGUUCUGCCAUUCCACAAGAUUCUAGCAAUAUUAUUUCCGAAAUCCGGGAAAACAUAGACACAUCAGCAUCAACAGAUGAUCGUUGGGUUCCACCUAAUUCAAAUGCAUCUUCUGUUUAUCAAUCACCUUCGGAAACUCCUUAUCAGUCUUCUGUUUCACCCUACCAGAGAAAUCGAUCUCGCUGGCCUGAUAGUGAAGUGAUAUCUCGAAGAUCUUCAAGUUCUUCAUCCAUUGAAUCUGCUAAAGAUGAUUCGGAUCCAACAAAAACUGAUAAGAUAGAAGCAACAAAACCUAAUCAGGAAAUUCCAAGUAUUAGUGCUAAACCAGAUGAAAUUCAAUAUCCAAUGCCACAACCGCCUUCUACUAUUCCUACCGUUGAAAAUGAAGCAGAAAAAUUGAAAAAUGCUCAUUUCCCUCAAGAACUGCACAAUAAAAUUGUGGAAGCUAUUAAAGCGGAAGUUCAGACCAAACACGGGGAGCUUGUUUUUCAACAAGGUCUUCCGAAAAAUGAAGAAAAUGUUUCUUUUCCUCAUGCAGAUUUUUAUCAUCCUGGUAUCACGCCGUUCCUUCCCGACAAUGCUCCUUAUCAUCCGUACUCGGAGGCUUCUCCAUUUGUUGGUCCCGUAGCACUUUUUCCUCCAAAUCCCUGUGCUUCACUUCCUUUUCCGUCCCCAGGAUCAUCUAUGUUUCAAAAUUCGUUUCCUCCUUCUUUUCCUCCAACUCAUGGUAUGCUACAUCCCAUGUCUUCCAAACCGGAAGAAACACUUGGUAUGGUUCCUCCACCUGUUCCGGUUCCACCACCAAAUAGUGCUUCUUUUACUUCAUCACAACAUAAUAUGGCAUUAACAGCUGCAAUUGUAUCUCCGCCGGUGACGGCUCCAAAUAUUUUAGAACCUUCAUUAACUCCUGUGCAAUGCUCUGACAAUAUUGCAACGGAUCAAAAUUCAUUCUCGAAUCAUCGCACUGAAUCUCCUUCGAGGUCCUUAAUAAAAUCUACUAGCAUGACACCUCCAAAUAAAAAAGUAGCGGCGAAAGCCACCAGAGUGUCAGCAAGAGUCAUUUCUCAAGGAAAGUCUCCCGGAAAGUCACCUGGAAAAAGUCCGGGUACUAAGAGUCCCAGACAAGUACCUUACAUUCAAGAUAAAGUGCAAAUUACAAAAAUUAGAGAAUCUGCUCCUAAACGGGGUCGAGGACCAACUACAAGUACAAGAGGGCGUGGGCGAGGAAGGGGAAGGGGAAGAAAUACUCCUAUGUAUGAAGACUUUGCUUUUCGUACUAAAUUGGAAGGAACGGUGUACGACAUGGAUUUCGAUGAAGAUGGAACUUCUGAUGGAAUGGAAAAUUUGAGGGCCAUGAGAGAGAGGAGAAGAUCGACUGACAUUCACGAUAGAAAGUCAGAUAUAUUGAUAUCGCGGGAAUCCAAUUCCCCCAUUCCAAAAUUUUCAUCUCCUGCAUCGAAACCACCAAAGGCGCCUGUAUCUCCCGUACCAUCUAUUCAUCCACCCCCACCUUCCACUCCUCCACAGUCAUUCCCAGAUGUAGCUCCUCCGUUACCUGGACCUGUAGAUAUGAGAACUUAUUCUUCUUUUGAACCUCCUGUAAACACCGCAGAAUAUUUACUUAAUGCAUUUGCAAACCCCGCAGAAGCUCCUCACGUGAAUGAAUUUGACGAGGAAAUGGAAAAAGAAUUGCAUUCUGCGCUAAGAGCUAGUCGUCCGGUUACGCCUCCGAAAGAGCGCACUCCGCCCUUAUCCGUACCUCCUCCUGUGCAAUCCCCUCAUAUUCCGCAUCCAGAACCAUCAGAAACUCCGGAACCACCGAACAAAGUUUCCUUAAAUGAUUCUCGCAAUCAACUCAAAGUUAAAAUAAAGGGACCAUUUUUAGACGCUAAUUAUGCAACAACGAGCACUCCUCUUCCAGCACCUCCACCGGCUCAAGCGACUCCUCCAGCUGUGACUGUAAGCCCCGCGGGAACAGGAACUUCUAGCCUUCGUAGAAUGAGAAAGAAGGAACUUCUUCGUCAAUAUUGGAAUCAGGACAUGAAUACGGACGAUUUGGCUGCACCAAUCACACCAGCCGUACCACCUCCUUCGAGGUCAAGCAUCACGAUUCCAAAAGCAGUGGCUUCAAUGACUUCAAUCCCAACCAGAGAGGAUUACAAGGCUCUCAUCGAUGCCAACAUGGAUAAAAAGAGAAAGAAGGAAAAGCCGGUGAGAGAUUACAGAGGCUUUGAUUUGACUUUUCCACCUCCUGAUGAUGAGCUGAACAUUCCAGAAAGAAUAAAUUCCACGGGAAGUAAUCCUCCGUUGGUCGUUGACGGUUCAACGUCGAAGCGAAGAGCAAGAACAAGUAAACCAAACGCAUCUUCCUCGGCAACUGCCACUCCCAAGUUAAAAAUUAAAUUUUGCGGAUCGGCUACAGCGGUAACCAUGGGUCUUGCGGAAGAGAAGAAAAACCUCAGGGUUCGACCCCCUAAGAAAAGACAUUGUAACAUUGUCAUGCCUAGCGUGGAAGAAUUAAAACGGGAAAGCAUGAAAUAUCGGCGGAAAAUCAUGGCGGAUUUCGAUGAAUCCGAUAAGAAGUCAUCCAAGACUAAAAGCAAGAAAAAGAAAAAGAAAAACAAAGAAGUGCUUGUGAUUGAACAAAAUUAUGGUGCUCCUCCUCCUAAGUUAAUAAUUAAGUUCGGUAAGCCAGGUGAAGUGAGCGAAAGGCUAACGGUUGAUCCCACGCCUAGGACUCAACACGAUUCCGACGGAAGAACGGAAGCUCCUCCUCCUCCUCCUCCUCCUUCUUCUUCUUCAUCGUACAAUCCCCUAGAAGAAGUGGACCCUUUGGCCAUUGAUCCGUUGGAACCUUCUCCCGUUCCGCCGUAUCCCUUGCCCCCGAACGAACUUUCGGUUGUGACAGUGAAACCCGAACCCGAAGUUUCGGCUUUGAGAAAAGUACGGACGUCAAAAACAACGCCGAUACGUUUGAAAUUAUCGCGGUGCGAAGAAGGUUACGUUAUGGCUGGAAGAAACGAGGUGCCACAGGAUUCAGUUCCGCCUCCCGAGUGUCCAGUUCCCGUACGGUGA